AUGUCACGAUAUGCUGUCCUUCCUGGACACGAAUACAAGGCUUUUAUUCCUUACGACAAGGUCUUCCUCGUCGACCCUCCAAAACCAACUCAUAUCCAUCUCUAUGCACAAAUUCUUUCCCUACGACCUCACCAUGUCAGACUAUCUCGAUCCUUCCCAGAACUAGGCUUCCCUACCGACACUAUUGCAUUUGACUAUGCCAUUUACGCGCUUGGAUCUCACCUCCCCCCACCAUUAAACUUAUGGGACACAUCCAAGUCAGAGUCAGGAGAUGCGGUGUAUACCGGAUUGAAGACCCAGGCGUGUGAUUGGUUUAAACAAAAGCAGGCGAUUAUCAAAGACGCCCCGACGGUCCUUGUUGUAGGCGGUGGAGCACUUGGUAUUCAGUUUGCAACAGAUAUCAAGUCCGUAUACCCCGAGAAGGAAGUUACUCUCUUGCAUUCACGAUUACGGCUUCUUCCCAGAUUCGGGGAAGGCAUGCACGACGAAAGUGAGAUACAGAUAUAUCACCGUGGUGCACAGCUACUGAAAGACUGCUUUGUAAUAGUCAAAUCGAGCUGCGAGAAUAUGGGAGUUAAACUCAUUCUCGGCGAGCGACUCGACCUCGGUUCUAUCGAAAAUGGUCAAGCAAAGACGAACGAAGCUGGACAAAAGGUCGUUCGCACGGUGACUGGCCGAGAAAUUGCUGCAGAUCUUUUGGCAAGCUCUUCAAUGCUCAUUUCAGAUCCUUACGACUUAUACCUUUUGUGUACUGGUCAAACGCCUAAUACGGGUAUUCUCAAGUCAAUGGAUCCUUCGACUGUCAGCGAUACCACAGGAUUGGUGCGCGUUCUCAAAACUAUGCAAAUACAUUCUUCGGCACCAAGUCCAGCGACGGGAGAAUCUGAUGAGCCCAAUACUACCACGUAUCCACAUAUUUUCGCUAUUGGUGAUGCCGCGGACGCCUUUGGUGCAAUUCCAGCAGGACACAAUGCAUACUCUCAGGGAGAACUGGCUUCUCGGAAUAUUAUCCGCCUCAUUAAAGCGUCAGAGACGAGUUCCAACACCGACUACGUGCCAGAGCCAUUGGAAGACUAUACGCCUGGUCCACCAGCGAUCAAGGUUUCUCUUGGAUUGACAAGAGCAGUCUACCAAGUUGGGCCCAGCAUUGGAACUAAGGAUGAUGGAGUUCCUGACCUCCAGGCAGCGUUGAUUUGGCCGUUCUUCGGAAUCAAAGUAGAGAAGGAGGAAGAUAUGAUCCCCUGA